AUGACGACUCAAGGCAACAUCGAGCCGACCAAGGACUCGUCGAGCCAGAGCGAACAUGUCGACCACCAGGAUGACCUCAAGGAGAAGGACGUCCAUCACGAGGAUGUCCUGGUCAACCCGGACCUGAUGCACGAGGCCUUCGACGGCGAGAACCGCGAGCACGAGAUGGGCGUGUGGGAGGCUGUCAAGACGUACCCGUGGGCUUGUUUCUGGGCUUUUAUCAUGUGCUUCACCAUUGUUAUGGAGUCGUUCGACAUGUUCCUCAACGGCAACUUCGUCGCCCUUCCCGCUUUCAAGGAAAAAUAUGGUGUCGUGGUUGCAGGUUCUCUUGACAAGGCCAUCGAGACCAAGUGGCAGAGUUCCCUUUUCCAGGCCGGCCAAUGUGGUGCGUUUGUGGGGGUUUUGCUGGCCGGUCCCAUCACCAACCGGAUUGGCUACCGGUGGACUACACUCUUGGCGCUGGUGCUUAUGAACGCCACAAUCUUCAUCUCCUUCUUCGCCAACUCACUCGAGGUUCUCGUGAUUGGACAAGCCUUCGAAGGCGUCCCUUGGGGGUUCUUCAUCGCCAACUCCCCUGCCUACGCCAGCGAGAUCGUGCCAUUGUCUCUUCGUGGUGCAUGCACGGCUACUCUUCAGAUGAGUUGGUCCAUUGGUAGUAUCAUUGUCGGCGGUGCGACGUAUGCACUCAACCAGCGGAACGACGAGUGGUCCUGGCGAAUCCCUCUUGCCUUGCAGUGGAUCUUCCCAACUCCCCUUUUGGUCAUCAUUUUCUUCGCCCCCGAAUCUCCAUAUUGGCUCGUCCGCCACGGACGCAAGAAGGAGGCCCUGCGCUCCAUCGAGCGUCUCGGCCGCAAGUCCAAGAUAAAUGCUCAGAACGAGCUUGCUAUGGUCGAGCGAACUGUGGAAAUCGAGGCCAAGAAGGGCGGUGACCCUACCCUGCUCGACCUUGUCAAGGGUACCGACCUGAGGCGAACAAUCAUUACCUGCUUGAUCUACACGUCACAGAACUUUGCCGGCAACCUGAUUGCCAACCAGGCCACUUUCUUUUUCGAGCAGGCCGGCAUGUCGACCAACUUCUCCUUCCAGCUGGGCCUGAUCAACUCAUGCCUCCAAUUCGUCGCCAACAUCGGCUCCUGGUUCGUCACCGCCUGGUUCGGCCGCCGCACCAUCUACCUCUGGGGCACGGGCAUCAACAUAACCUUCCUCAUGGUCCUCGGCAUCUGCGCCUCGAUAGCCCAGAACACGGCGACCAACUACGCCCAGGCCUGCUUCGGCAUCUUCAUCUCGUUCGUCUACGCGGGGUCCCUGGGGCCCAUCACCUACUCCAUCAUCGCCGAGACGUCGGCGGUGCGGCUCCGCGCCCUGAGCACGGGCGUCGGCCGCGCCGCCUACUACGUCACCGAGAUCCCCAUGAUCUACCUCGCCUCGCAGCUGCUCAACCCGACGGGCUGGAACGUCGCGGGCAAGUGCGGCUUCGUCUGGGGCGGCACCGCCUGCGUGUGCUGGGUCAUGGCCUUCUUCUUCCUGCCCGAGCUCAAGGGCCGCUCCUACCGUGAGAUCGACAUCCUGUUCAGCCGCAAGGUCCCGGCCAGGAAGUUCAAGUCGACCGUCAUCGAUGUGCAGGAGAACGAGUAA